CAAGGAACAAACCUCUCAUCACCAGAAAUACUUCAAAAAAAAUUACUAUUAAUUGUAGGAGUUGAUCAAAGGAAGAACUAAUGUCGACAUUCACAUCAACUGAUCUUUGCAAGUGGCCUCCUGGAUUGUUCCGGCAUGUUUCAUCAUCGACGUUGAAAUGCCAGCAAGGUUUCAGAACCAACCAUGCAUUGUUGCCUCUCACAAUUGGUCAAAGGAGUAGUCUCAGCAAUCAACCAUGUAGGAAGAACAAGAUUGUAUGCAAUAGUUUUCCAUUACCUGGAGUUCCAGGUCCUUCCCACUCUUGGAAAGGAUGGUUGAUAGGGAUUGUACUAUCAGUAAUAUUACCCUUCUCGAGGAGCAAAUGGGGGCCCUUGCUAGCAUUGAAAAAGGAGGUGGACAUGAUUGUAGACACAGUUGAAGCAGUGGUGGAGGUGGUAGAACAGGUAGCAGAGAAAGUGGAGGAAGUGGCAGAUGAUAUAGGUGAUAGUCUUCCUGAGGGAAAGCUUAAGACUGCACUUGAAUUAGUUGAAAAUAUAGCCAAAGAAGCAGCCAAAGACGCUCACCUUGCUGAUGAGCUGAUUGAGAAGGCGGAAGCACUGGAAGACCGGGUGGAAGACUUUUUUGAGUCAGCCUUGGAUAAAGCAGGAGAUGUUAUCAAAGAUGUUGGUGAUGAAUCAAAUGUACAAGUAGCUACAGAAAAGAAAACCCAGUGAUACAUAUAUGAGAAUCUGAGAUUUUCAAAUCAGAGAUGAACAUAGAUUCGUUAAUUUAUUCAUCUCUAACUGUAAAAACGCAUGCACCAUUUGGAUUUUGUAUCUGUUUCUAUAAAGUUGAAUUCAUUAAUAUCAAUUCUUUUGUAUUAGAUUAUCAAGUUCUAAUGGUGAAAUCUAUCUUUUUGCAUUUUU